UCGACGACGAUUUCUUUUUUUCAUGUUGUGCAGGGAACACCCAUGUUCUGCAGGAUAAUUCUGAUGAAUGCAUACACACAUAACUCUCGAUGCCCAUUCCCGAGAGGCUAAUUUAUAGUUAGUGAUAGUUUUGUUGAAAAUAGCUUUUUAUUUUAGUUCCUUUAUUUUUUCCCAAUUUUAUAUUUCAACAGCAUCACUGCCGCUGGAAAAUUUUAUUGGAAUUAGUCGUUAUUAAAAGGUCAAAAUGGCACAAGUAGUAAACAUUAUGUCACAGUGGUACACUAGUAUAAUGGCCAAUGCUGAUCCUCGUGCAAAGGAUUGGCCCCUAGCGGGAAGUCCGUUCCCAAUGCUCACAAUCUUAGCGUCCUAUUUAUAUUUUGUGAAAGUGUUCGGUCCAGCCUACAUGAAGGACAGGAAGCCUUUCCAAAUCAACGGCAUUAUAGUAGCUUAUAACUUAUUGAUGGUUGUCCUUAGCGCAUUUUUCUUUUUCUACGGUGGCAGCAAAACAUAUCUAUCAGGCAAGUACAACUGGAUGUGCGAACCUGUAAAUUAUUCAACAAACGAAGAAAGUAUGCUGCUAGUUCAUCUUGGUUGGUGGUAUUUAUUGCUCAAAAUUGCAGAAUUUGCAGACACGAUAUUCUUUGUUCUGAGGAAGAAAUUCGAUCAUAUCAGCACACUCCAUGUGGUCCAUCACACAUCAGUUGCAUGGGGAGUCUGGAUCGGUCUGAAGUUCGGACCAGGGGGUCAUAAUGCAUUCUUCCCCUUCAUCAACUGCUUCAUCCACAUGAUCAUGUACAGUUAUUACUGCCUCGCCGCCCUUGGACCGCACAUGCAGAAAUAUUUGUGGUGGAAGAAAUACCUCACUCAAAUGCAAAUGAUCCAGUUCAUCAUUGCAACCAUCCACGCAACCAUACCCAUCUUCUACGACUGCGGGUUCCAGCCCGUCUUCGCCUACAUCAUCAUCUUCCACGCAAUCCUCUUCUUCGGCAUGUUCUACAACUUCUACCGCAAGACCUACAACGAAGAGCUGCGCAUGAAGAACAAGAGCAAGCAGUUCAUCGAAGACCUGAAGAAGAAGCAGUCGCGAAAGGAGUUCGAGAGAGAGAUGGCUAAAGUCGACUGAAUGAGGAUGCAGAAGAUUUCAGUUUUGAAAGCGAAAAAAAGCCUGAUCGAGACAGGCCUAUUAUUCUUCAGGUUCAUUUUUUGUUAAAGGACUAUAAAAGCAUGCGUACAUGCUUUAAAGACUUGAAAAUGAGACAAAGUUGGAUGAAAUUGAGGCAAACUGGAAGCUGUUCUCUUAAAAAGGCAAUAUUGAUUUAUUUGCUAUUCAGUUCCAUUUUUCCGUUUCUCUGGACUCGUUUUUAUGAAAACACAACGCGGGUUUUUAUUUGGUGUUACGAUAUUAUUAUUUUUCAUUUGGUUUAA